AGUAUGUGCUCUCUCCUUAGGACAAUGCCUGGCAGAGAGGCAACAGUGAAGGAUGCAUCCCCUUUGGGACAUGGUGACUCAGGGUGUCCCUUUGUCAGUUCAAGGGAUGCCAAAGGCCCUCCCUGCCAUUGGCCCUGACCGCCCCCCCCAAGCCUGGGGGGCUGGGACUUGAACUGGCCAUAUUUGGGAGCACAGCGGGGUUGGGGGGCUGUGUUCACCCUCCCACCUGCUGGGACUGCUACCAGGCUGGGCCCCAGAAGCCUCCCCCUGCUCGGGGCUGUGCCGUGGAGGUCAGGGAAUCAGAGAGCCGUGGCCACAACACAGAGUGGGGAUGCUCGUAGGCUCCUGGCAGACAGAGGGCAGAGGCGUGGAGAGGGCGCUCUCACCUGGGGUGUGGAGGUCGGAGAGGAACGCAGGUCCCCAGAGCCCAAGAAGGGACAGUCACCUCUCCCGGAGCAUCUCCGAAGGGCGUGGGGCAGACCAGGAGCUGGCCCAGCGGAGCACGUGGGAUUGCGACCCGCAGGCUGGUGCUGCGCUGGCCUCGCGGAGUUCGGGGGCGCUUACUCGUCUCGUGUGCUUCUGUUCCAGCACUUCGAAAAGCAAGGAGCUUUCUCCGGGAUCUGGGCAGAAGGGAAGUGCAGGCUCCAGCCAGGGGACGCCCGGCGCAGGGACGCAGCCGGGGGCACAAGCAGGCGCCAGCCCCAGUCAGCCGCCCCCCGACCAGAGCCCGCACACUCUCCGGAAAGUUUCCAAGAAGUUGGCUCCGAUUCCACCCAAGGUCCCCUUCGGCCAGCCGGGGGCUAUGACCGACCAGUCCGCCGGCCAGCCGUCCCCGCUCAGCCUGUCCCCCACCCCACCGAGCACCCCAUCGCCCUACGGACUGAGUUACCCGCAGGGGUACUCCCUGGCCUCCGGUCAGCUCUCCCCGGCGGCGGCCGCGGCCCCUCCCCUCACCUCCCCUGCCGGCUUCCCAAGCACUGCAGCCAAAUCUCGGCCCACCCCCAAGCCCCGACAGAGACCCACCCUGCCGCCCCCUCAGCCUCCCACAGUCAGCCUGCCAGCCCCGAGUCCGCAGUCCACGGAGCACCCCGUGCUGGACGGCAUGGCCCCCGGGGAGAGCAUGUCGACAGCUGUGUGACCUGAGGGCCGCAGUUGUGGAUACGUGUGAGGGGGAUUUCAGGAUCUCGUCCACUUUGACAUCCCCUCCAUCCACGUAGAGCUCGGGCCGCCGCUCCGCCUGAGCCCCCUGGAGCACGCGCGGCGACACUCGGUGACAGAGAAGAGGGACUCGGAGGAGGAGUCUGAGAGCACCGCCCUCUGAUCCGCGCCCGCCCCUCGUGUACAUACCCGGGCCCCGCCCCGGAGCGCCCCUGGGCUUGCCAGGCGGGAGUUGUGCAGAUCGCCCUCCCCUGUGCGGGCAGACUUCGUUCGUUCCCUCAGGGUGGGACUCUGGCCUUUUGUUUGAUCUUUGCCUUUUGACUUUGUGCCUCUUUUGAUCCACUUUCGGCCUCCAUGCCAAGGGGCACCCCCUCCGCCUGAGGGCUUCCGUGUCAGAAAGGUCCUUUGCGGGUGCAGGCUGGGGGAGGUGCGCAGGAGGGUCGGGGUGCCUGGUUCCACUCGUGGCUACGGGGGGGUGGGGAACACAACCUCUCCCCUACAGCGCACGAGUUCUGGAUUCUAGAAGUCCCGGCACUGACCUUUGCCUGCUGCACAAGCUGGGGAGGGGGCCAGCCCGUGUAAAAAUCUUUCAGGCUGCCCUUGCUGCGUGGGCUCUAAAGUCAAUGGCUUCAAACCCAAUUUGUUUCACUUCCUAACGGUUUUACUUUUCCCGACCAUGUGACUGAGAGCUUCGGUCCCUACCUUCUUGUUUUGUACUUCUGAAUUUGAAAAGGUGAUCCUGAGGGUGUCUGGACGGCCCACCGAGGGCUCUGCUCGGUGGGGGCCGGGAGCCUGCCUCUCCUCCCGGGUGGCCACGGGGACUAGCAAUAAAUCUGUUACCCAGAGCAUGCGCAGGGCGGGAAGGUGGCCUGCGGGGACCCGAGGCCACCGGGCCUGCAGGGUGGCGGGCUUCGCUCAGCCGCGGCUCACCCCCCACCCCUUUCCUCCUCGGGGAGUCCCAUCCGUUCUCUGGGAGCCCAGUCACACUUCAGGAUUGAAGGAGCAAGACAGAUUCGGGUCAUGCAUGCCAAGUCACUCUUUCCGAUUUUAUCCUUUUAAAAUAGAUCCGAUAUACCUAUACAGGAUAUAAUAUUUGUAUAUAUGAAAUCUAUAUUUGUUUAAUUUGAGCCAUUCAAACUAAACCAAUGUAUAGGUGUACAAUGAGAAAUUUAAAGGCCUAAUUAUUUUUCCCGACAACAGUGUAAGAUAACUCUGCCCCGAUGGUGGGAUUCACCAACUUUUUGGAUGUUAACAGCUUUGCUCACUUCCUGACAAGGACGGGUCCGUACCCAAUUUGUAAUGGAGCCCAGGGGUCGAAAGUUACCUUUAAAUACAUGUACAAAUAGUUGUUGAAAGUAAUGUUAUUAAAAUAGAUUUAUUAUCCCUGA